AAGAAAAACACAAGAGAGGUGCCAGGCACAGCCCAGGAGGCUGUGAGGCCACGCCAGUUGUUGAACCCCUGUGUUGAGAGAAGAGGCUGAAAUGCCACCCAAAAGGUGACAGGGACCCAGCUCCAGUGAGGAAUUGUCCCCUUGGGCUCACAGUGAUGCUUUUCCAGGUGUGCCCACCCUGCAGGUGACCCCAGGAGCUCAGAGCAUGAGCAGGGCAGGAGGGCAGGACUGGAAUUAACUCCUCCCUUGCCAGAACCCCCCAGGAUGAGCUGGUGAGCAGAGCCUCCCCACGGAUCCCAGGGCUGGAUGGUUCCCUUUGGAUGCUGAGGCCACCCUGGCUGCAGGACAGGCGGGAUGGACGAGCUAUGAUGCACAAAAGUGGAGAACAGCCAUGAACAACAGCUCCUACUGCAGUGACACAAACCUCAAACCCUACUACGCCGUCACCUACACGGUGAUCCUGAUCCCUGGGCUCAUCGGGAACACCCUGGCCCUGUGGGUCUUCUAUGGCUACAUGAGAGAGACCAAAAGGGCCGUGAUAUUCAUGAUCAAUUUAGCCAUUGCUGACUUGUCACAGGUGCUGUCCUUGCCCCUGAGGAUUUUUUACUACCUGACAGGCACGUGGGAGUUCGGAGGGGGUCUCUGCAUGCUCUGCUUCUACCUGAAGUACGUCAACAUGUACGCCAGCAUCUACUUCUUGGUGUGCAUCAGCGUGAGGAGGUACCUGUUCCUCAUGCACCCCUUCAAGUUCAGUGACUGCAGGCGUGUCUGUGAUGUCUACAUCAGCAUCGUGGGCUGGGUCGUGGUCUGCGUGGGCUGCCUGCCUUUCCCACUCCUCAGGAUGCAGCACCAGCAGGAUACAAACUCCUGCUUUGCGGAUCUUCCCAUCAAAAAGCUCGACCUGCCCACCUCCAUCACGCUGAUGACCAUAGGGGAGCUGGUGGGGUUCGUGACCCCCCUGCUCAUCAUCCUGUACUGCUCCUGGAAGACAAUCCUGUCCCUCAGAGAGAGGCACUCUGCUUCCCGGGACCUGGGCGAGAAGAAGAAGGCUUUGAAGAUGAUCCUGACCUGCGCCCUGGUGUUCCUGAUCUGCUUUGCCCCUUACCACAUCAGCUUCCCUCUGGAUUUCUUCGUGAAAACGGGGCAGAUCCGGGCGGGCUGCGUGCCCAUCUCGCUGUUCCACGCCGUGGCUCUGUGCCUGGCCAGCCUCAACUCCUGCGUGGAUCCCGUCAUCUACUACUUCACCACGGACGAGUUCAGGAGGCGCCUGUCCCGGCAGGAGCUGCAGGACAGCAUCCAGCUGCAGCUCAGCUCGGGCAGGAGGCACUCCAGGGAUGUGCUCAGGGAGGACACCACGGAAUGCUAGAGCUGCCCUUCCCAAACAGCUGCCAGCACUUCCAAAAUUUGCCACAAUUUUUUCCCCUCAGGACAACGAGAAGAACAACUCAAAUUCUGCUUUUGGUGAGGGUUGGAAUAAACAAAUCCCCUUCCCCCCCAAAAAAUACAACCCAAAACUGACCAAAAAUGUGUUGGUUUAAUACUUCAGGUGCAGAUUUUCACUGGAUAUAAAUAGGAGCAUUUCCAUUCCUCGCUGGGCAGCAGGAGGUCACAGAGCCACGGCAGAGGUGACACCAUGCCCCACUGUCACCUGUGCCAUCACCCAGCCAUGUCCUGGCCAGUGAGAAAUGAGAAACAGCAACGAUUCUGGGGUCUUGCUGUGCAGGAAGAACUGGAUCCUAAAAAGUGCUGGAUGCCACAAUAUUCUCUGUUUCUGAAGCACAGGACAAUUCAGCAGAGAGCGAUUCUCCAGAGCCUGCUCCAGCCAUGCUGAGCGUGGAGUGAGGAGCAGAAGGUGGCCCCAAAGGAUUCCUCAUUUAAAUAAUUAAUGAAGCCUCAUUUGGGGGUGCAGCAAAUGCCACCACCCCAAACCACACACUCAGGGAAGCUUCCACACACUAUUUUUCUGCCAUCAGUUCCCACUUCUGGGUGCAAAGCCAAGGGUUAGAGCCAUGCCUUGGGUUUUGAACCGUGGGGUUGUGCUCAGAGGAUGUUUAUUCAAGCCAGGUGUCCAUCAAGCCUUUCAGAUCCUCUCUUCAUCAAAAAUGGGGCAAAUUAUUUCCCUUUCACUGAUAACUGACCCCCAGACAUCACAUCCACUCCCCAGGAUUCAACAGAGGAUCCAAACCCUUCCCAAGUUCGCUGUAAUGGGAACUCCCUGGAAGCAAAGUGUGCCACAAGAGAUUUUUAAGAAAAGCUCAAUGGUGCAUGUUUUUUUAGUAAUAUUUGUUUUAAAUUCAAACCACAGAGACUUCAGGCUGGACUUUGGUAUUUCAUUUGCCCCUUCUUGUAAAAUGUUAUUUUUCUGUGAACAUUGGAAAUGUUACAUUUGGAAAUGUAAAAUACUGUGACAGUAUCAUUUUUUAUUUAUGCAAAUGUUGUUUUAUAAUUUAUAUAAGGGACAUACACAUUGCAGGAAAAUGAUGUGAAGCCCAGAGAGUGUCAGGACACAAGAAGUUUUUCUUUUCAAAAGCUUUUUCAUAUAAUAAAACUCCACCACCUCUUCCCUACAGGAAUCUGAGCCAGUGCCUGGUGGCUGAGCAAGCACUGAUAGUUCAUGGA